UGCGCCCUGGCAGCCGGGGAGGAGGGCGGAGAGGGCUGGAGCCGGAAGUGAAGGCAGGUUCCCGCCUCCGUCCCUGUUGCCGCCGCCAUACACGCUCGCGGUGCUUCGCUCUUCUGUUGGAAACUAGCGUCUUUCCCCUUGCUGCUCCUCACCCCUUUCCCUUUGCUUCCUUACCUCCUCUGGGACCACUGACUCUGAGACCUCCCUUCCCCCUCCCGCCGGCCCAAUUAUGGCAGAGAAUGAUGUGGACAAUGAGCUCUUGGACUAUGAAGAUGACGAGGUGGAGACAGCAGCUGGGGGAGAUGGGACUGAAGCUCCCGCCAAGAAAGAUGUCAAGGGCUCCUACGUCUCCAUCCACAGCUCCGGCUUCCGAGACUUCCUGCUCAAGCCAGAGCUGCUCCGGGCCAUCGUUGACUGUGGCUUUGAGCAUCCAUCAGAGGUCCAGCAUGAGUGCAUCCCCCAGGCCAUUCUGGGGAUGGAUGUUCUGUGCCAGGCCAAGUCAGGCAUGGGAAAGACAGCGGUGUUUGUCCUGGCCACACUGCAACAGCUGGAGCCGGUUACCGGGCAGGUGUCUGUUCUGGUGAUGUGCCACACUCGGGAGCUGGCUUUUCAGAUCAGCAAGGAGUAUGAGCGCUUCUCAAAGUACAUGCCCAACGUCAAGGUGGCAGUGUUUUUUGGCGGUCUGUCUAUCAAGAAGGAUGAAGAGGUGCUGAAGAAGAACUGCCCACACAUUGUCGUGGGCACUCCUGGCAGGAUUCUCGCCCUGGCUCGAAAUAAGAGCCUGAACCUCAAGCACAUUAAACACUUUAUCUUGGACGAGUGUGACAAGAUGCUUGAACAGCUCGACAUGCGUCGGGAUGUCCAGGAAAUUUUUCGCAUGACCCCCCAUGAGAAGCAGGUCAUGAUGUUCAGUGCUACCUUGAGCAAAGAGAUACGCCCAGUCUGCCGCAAGUUCAUGCAAGAUCCUAUGGAGAUCUUCGUGGAUGACGAGACCAAGUUGACGCUGCACGGGCUGCAGCAAUACUACGUGAAACUGAAGGACAACGAGAAGAACCGGAAGCUCUUUGACCUUCUCGAUGUCCUUGAGUUCAACCAGGUGGUGAUCUUUGUGAAGUCUGUGCAGCGAUGCAUCGCGCUGGCCCAGCUUCUGGUGGAGCAGAACUUCCCCGCCAUUGCUAUCCACCGAGGGAUGCCCCAGGAGGAGAGGCUCUCGAGGUAUCAGCAGUUCAAGGACUUCCAGCGCCGGAUUCUCGUGGCCACCAACCUGUUUGGCCGAGGUAUGGACAUUGAGCGAGUGAACAUCGCCUUCAACUAUGACAUGCCAGAGGACUCGGACACCUACCUGCAUCGGGUGGCCAGAGCAGGCCGGUUUGGCACCAAAGGCUUGGCCAUCACGUUUGUGUCAGAUGAGAAUGAUGCCAAGAUCCUCAAUGACGUGCAGGACCGCUUCGAGGUGAACAUCAGUGAGCUGCCUGACGAGAUCGACAUCUCCUCCUACAUUGAGCAGACACGGUAGAGGAGUCACCCUUCUGGACUGUGGCAGUCUGUCUUGUAGAAGAGACCCCGGGAUCAGGAAGGAGACGCCCCCGCCCCUGACAGCUCUCCUCCUGUCCUGUCCACGCUUCCCUCUGCGGCACCACCACUCCUGAACUGAUUCCUGUUUAUCAGAGUUUUUUGUUUUUGUUUUUGUUUUUUAACAAAACUAAGAAUGAAAUGACUGUG